AUGCCUUUCUCUUUCUUCUUCCGCAAGAAACCCUCUCGUCGAUUCAACGACUUCUACGACGACUGGUUCAAAACCCUAACCGAAAACUGUCUCCCUCUCCUCCGUCAAUCACUUUCUUCCGCCGCUUCAGCUUCCGUGUUCUCCUCCAACGUCGAUCUCGUCCUCCGUCACCUAGUCUUAUACUACGAAACCCUAGACCUCGCCACCAAUCUCCUCCGUUCUUUCAUCGACCGUGAGAAUCAAGAUUCUGAUGACGACGGAGACACCUCUCUUGAUCUCGUGAACCAACCGUUGAAGAUUUCGACUGCGUGGAAAGACCCGUCCGAUGAGCUGGUGAAAAGAAUCGAUCAGAUUGAGUGUACGAUGAGGCUUAUGGUUCCUGGUUUGAUGGAUCGUAUGAGGAAAGCACAGAGAGGUUUCGUGGCUCGAGUUUCUGAGAACUGGGUCUUGUCUUAUCAAGUUGGGAAGAAGAAGAAGCUUGCUGCGACGGUUGCGACAGCUUCAGUGGCCGUGGAUGAUGCGGCGAAGGGGGAGAUGGAAGAGCUCGUGAGUAUUUUUGUUGAUGCGAAUCGUUUGAGGAAGAGUGUGAUAAUGGACAUUGUUGGAGCUACGAGUGAGCAUCAAGCGGCUCUGUUUCUUGAAGGUUUGUGUCAGUUUCUUGCUGGCUUCAAAGAUCAGGUCCUUCUUCAAGAUUUUGAGAUUCUUGCAUUGCCCAAUUAAGAUGGUUGAUCGAUGAAUCAGAUUUGAUCGAA